CAAGCUCCUGCCGGGUCGCCUUGCUGCACCGAGCUGGCAGCUCGACAACCCCGCCAUGAAAUUUUGUUUGCUUGCCGCAACCCUACAUGCCAACCAGAUCCGACGUCAUUCUGUUGACUCGGGUUGGUAGUUGCUCCUGCUCUCUGGGCCUACUUUGCUGCAAUAUGUGAGCGGACCUCCCAGGAUGGCAAGCAAAGACAAGGAAGCUGCGCCAAGGGACGCGACGCCUUCCAACCCGCGCGGCAUCCCGUACGCGCCGUUUGUUGACAAGGUCGAGGACUAUGUCUCGUCGCGGGCCGAUGUCGAGCCGACGCUGCGCCGGUUUCAGGAGAUGAUCGCGAAAUACCAGUUCAUGGAGCAGAACCUGCAGCGGAGGGUCGCCGGGCUGAAGGACAAAAUGCCCGACAUUCGGAAGACAUUGGAGACGGUGCGGUUCUUGAAGCUGAGGACGGCCGAUUCGGGCCCUGUCGAGACGACGUUCGAGCUGAACGACACGCUUUACGCAAAGGCCGAGAUACCGCCUACCGACGAGGUCUACCUGUGGCUUGGGGCCAACGUUAUGUUAUCCUAUCCGAUCGACGAGGCCGAGGCUCUUCUCGACUCCAAACUGCAAGCGGCCAAACAGAGCCUGGCGAACUGCGAAGAGGAUCUGGACUUCUUAAGGGAGCAGAUAACGACCAUGGAAGUGGCAGUUGCGAGGGUGUACAACUGGGAUGUCGUACAGAAGCGCAAGGAGAAAGAGGAAGAGGAGAAGCAUAGGGGCAAGGGCGCGGCCGGCGCGUCAAAAAGCUAAUGGACGUCGCUCUUGGGGUGAACAUUCUCGAGCCGAUUUUCGAUGCUCAACUCCGCAUGAUGCAUCUCCGUGAGGACGUCCGUGCUGAAGCACGCGCCACAAGACGAUUGUCUUGUCCGAGUAGUCCUUGUCCCGCUGUCCUGCUAGGGCUCCCCAGUCAAGGGCAUCGCAUUUCUGACAGCCUAGCACCGGCAAGAUGUUUUUGGAGAGGAG